AUGAUAGGUGAUCAGCCAGAUUACGUCAAUUUAAUUGACUCGGAGACUGGAAGUUUGGCUCAUUGUGUAGAAGUAAGACGGGCAACUUCGGAGGAAGUGUUUACGUCCGGGCGAUCAUCAGAUACUUAUGUGUCGUGUCAGGUUGAUGACGAUACUGUGGUUCCGCACUGGCUUUUUCGAGCAACUAACCAGCAACAACAAUCUGACGAAGAGCCAAUGCCACCUGCAUUGGCACCCAUUCCUUUGCCCACCGUCGCCCCACAAUUAGAUGUGAACGGUAACAUUUCGGAGCCAGGCAUAGGCGCGAGCGCGGGGGCCGGCGAUGGCCGCGGAAUGCACAGCGAUCGCGACAGCUCUGGACGCGACACGUCGAUGAGUUCAACUGAAACAUCGUCCGGACAACAGAGCGAGGUUCUCGUCAAUCGUAUUUUUUUUAUG